UGCGUCUCAUGUAGUGGCAAUCGCUUUAAGCAAAAUUCUGUGUCCGAAAACGUAUUGUAAUGGGUAUAUUUGUGUUUUAAGCACUCCCUUUCCUUAUCCAAAUUUUUGACAAUGGCGAAGUCAGUGGCGGCAGUGGCGGUGGUUGUGCGAAGCUUCCUCCUCUGUCUCUUCUCGUCCCAAAUCGCCGCCGCACAAUUCGCCGCGACACCUACCGGAAUUCCCAGUCUCCGCCCUCGAUUGCCAAACGACACUUUGUGUAACCAUCUCAUUCUCCCCGCCGGUUAUCCUUGCUCCGAACACACGGUUCAAACAAAGGAUGGUUACUUAUUGGCCCUUCAUCGCGUGUCUUCUCGUACUGGGAAUAUAAGCGAACAACGGGGUCCUCCGGUUCUGCUUCAGCAUGGACUCUUCAUGGCAGGUGAUGCGUGGUUUCUGGAUUCGCCAGAACAAUCAUUGGGCUUCAUCCUUGCAGAUCAUGGUUUCGAUGUUUGGGUAGGAAAUGUGCGUGGAACACGUUGGAGUCAUGGGCAUGUAUUUUUAUCAGAGAAAGAUAAGGAUUUUUGGGAUUGGAGUUGGCAGGAAUUGGCUCUUCAUGAUCUUGCAGAUAUGAUAUGCUACAUAAAUUCAAUAACAAAUACCAAAAUAUUUGUUGUUGGACAUUCACAGGGGACAAUCAUGUCUUUGGCUGCAUUCACUCAGCCAGAUAUAGUGGAAAUGGUUGAAGCUGCUGCUCUUUUGUGUCCAAUAUCAUACUUGGGACAUGUCAGUGCUCCGUUUGUACUAAGAAUGGUUAACAUGCAUCUUGAUCAGAUGAUUCUCGCCAUGGGCAUUCAUGAACUCGACUUCAGAAGUGAUUGGGGGAUCAACCUCAUGGAUUCCAUCUGUGAUGGCCAUGUAGACUGCAAUGACUUGCUAUCUUCCAUAACAGGGAAGAAUUGUUGCUUCAAUAACUCGCGUGUGGAUUUCUAUCUUGAAUAUGAACCACACCCAUCAUCUUCAAAGAACUUGCGUCAUCUUUUCCAAAUGAUUCGUAAAGGUAAGUUUUCCAAGUAUGACUAUGGAUUGAUCAAAAACCUGAAGCUAUACGGUCAGUUGAAGCCCCCUAUUUUCGAUCUUGGUCACAUACCCAAGUCAUUGCCUCUAUGGAUAGCUUAUGGGGGCAAUGAUGAUUUAGCUGAUGUUACGGAUCUGCAGCACACUCUAAAGGAAUUGCAGUCCAAGCCUGAGUUGCUUUAUCUCGAGAACUAUGGUCAUAUAGAUUUCCUUUUGAGCGUAAAUGCAAAGAAAGAUGUUUAUGACCAUAUGAUUCGGUUUUUCAGGUCAUGGGGAAAGUCUAGUAGUAGUUACUAAAAUGAGUGCAUGUAAUGUGUAAAUAUAUAGUUCUGGAAGUACUCUCUUUUUUUCUUUGAAACUCUCCACAUGUGCACAUAUUGUAAAUGUAAUGAUAUCCCCCAUCUCUCUUUUUUAGUC